UACAAACCUUUUUACAUCCAUCAAAACAAACGUGUCAUUAUUCAACUGGUUGACUAGUUUCAAUUUCGUUUUGAUCCAAGAAAUAAGGAAAUUUACAGAACAAAGAAGGAACAUUUCUAGACCAAGAACAUAUCAUUCGUGUCCCAGCAUUGUCUAAAAUGAUUUCGAGAAAACUUAACAUUGUCAUAAUGUUAUUUGCUUUCAACUCAUUACUUUUGGUUAAUGGCGGUAAAAAAAGUAAGGAUGGCGAGAAACCGGCAUGGGCAAAGAAAGAUAUUAGAGAUUACAGUGAAGCUGACCUAGAAAGACUGCUUGAUCAGUGGGAUGAAGAUGAAGAACCACUACCUAAUGAUGAGCUUCCUGAGCACCUACGCAAACCUCCACCAAUAGACUUUUCAAAGAUUGAUACUUCUGAUCCAGAAAAUUUAUUAAAAGUAUCAAAAAAGGGCAAAACAAUAAUGACUUUUGUGCAAGUUGCUGGAGAUGUCACACGCAAUGAAGCAGAUGACAUGACAAAGUUGUGGCAGAGUGCACUAUGGAAUAACCAUAUUCAAGCUGAGAGGUUUAUGGUGGAUGACAAUCGUGCCAUUUUUAUGUUUCGUGAUGGCUCACAAGCUUGGGAGGCUAAAAACUUUUUGAUUGAUCAAGAUCGAUGUUUUUCAGUAACAAUAGAAAAUAAAAUUUAUCCAGGGAAAGGAAACCCAGAAAAAGUCAAAGAAUCAUCCAAAGAGAAAAAAAAAUCCAAGAAAACAAAAGUUAAACAAGAACUGUAAUUGCAGGGACAUUCCAAAUACAUUAAUUUCUGUUGAUA